AUGGAUAUAUCACAUCCUAACAAUUUUCUGCAACAGGAAGAACAUCGGUUAGCCACGUUCAGCGGACAUGAGAUAUUUCCCAUUGAUAUUAGGAAAUUGGCCGAAGCCGGAUUUUACAGUACGGACGCAGGGAAUAUUGUGAAGUGCUUUGAUUGCAAUUUGGAAGUUGAUGUUACAAUUCUCGCAGUGUCAGAUGACAUCGUUAAGAUUCACAGGGAGAUGAACCCUCAUUGCUCAUUCGCGUGCAAACUGGCCACUAGAGUAUACAGGAACAUGACGUUCGUCACCUACGAUUCUCUAAGAUACGAAGAACAGCGAUUAGGAACCUUCAUCGACUGGCCUCAUGAAUGGCUGAAACCGUCAGAAUUGGCGGUCGACGGAUUUUACCAUCUCAGGAAAAGGGAUUACUGUGCGUGUAUCUUCUGCAGAGGGAUAGUUGGAGCCUGGGAACGGGGUGACACGCCAAGAGGAGAACAUCAGCGCCAUUUUCCUCACUGUCCCUUUAUUAGGGAUCAGCCAGUUGGAAAUGUUCCCAUUAUUCUUGGCAAUAUUUUAGCCAGGUUACCGGCACUACAUGUGAGUCUGGACGAUUGCAGAUCGUCAAGACGUGUUAAGGCCGACGUUUGCGGAUUAUCGUCAAGACACAUGGCCGGAUCAUAUCCCGAAUGCAGAGGAUCUCUGGAGGGAAUUGGUCUCUCCCAGCAUUCUGGACCGACACGAAGUGAUUUCAUGACAGUAGAUAGCCGAUUGGAGACCUAUGUCGAAUGGCCUGAGGAUAUUGGUCUGCAUAUACAAGAUCUUGCCGAAGCUGGAUUUUUCUACUGUGGUCUGAGUGAUCAUGUUCGCUGUUUCCACUGCGGUAAGGGUCUUCGCAAUUGGAUAUCUAGCGAUAUACCUUGGAAGGAACACGCUAGAUGGUAUCCUACAUGCAGAUUUGUUUUAUUGAUGAAAGGCCAGGACUAUAUCAAUAAGGUCCAGCAAGAAUAUCCACCAUACACCCGCAUAGCAAGUACUAUAUAUUCGGGUAUCGAUAAAGCUGCUUCCGGUAGCAGUAAUAAUCCAACGGAGGUGCAAUCCAUAUCCGAACAAGAAUUGGAUCUAUUGAUGAGUUUGGAUAUCGCCAAGGGUGUACUGAGACUGGGAUUUCCUAGUUAUAUAGUCAGGGCCACCCUUAAAGAUCGGGUUGAACAAACCGGCGAACCGUAUAUCAGUAUACAGCCUUGUCUUGAAGAUGUCAUACAGAGAAUGAACGAAACAGAGAAUCAGGUUGCAGAUAAUCGUUCUGAAAGUACAGAGUGUGAGCCGUCAUCUGGCGAGACUGAUAUUUUAUCUUCGAUAUCUGAACAACAAACUUUUGUAUUCCCAUCUACGUCUGGAACCAUGGAGAAUCGGGUUGCAAAUAUUCAGUCGCUUCCAUCCGAAUCUACCGAGGUUGAACUAUUAUCUCAACAACAAGUUUCUAUAUUGCCAUCUACAUCUGAAAUAAGACGACAUCAAGCUUCGGUAUUUCCAUCUACAUCUGAAAUGAUACGACAACAAGCUAUACCCUCUACUGCACCUCUGACUACAACGUUAUCAUCAUCAUCAUCUGAACGAGAAAAUACCGAAACUGAAACAAAGCAUAUUUUGCAAAUAGUCGAAGAAUUCAUAUCGCAGACUAGUGAAGAAGAAGAGGAGGAAUAUGAGGAAGAAAAAGAAUUCAAGUCAAAACAAUCUUAUGAACAGCUGAAAGAGGAACUCGAACAGAUGCGUGAAAAUCGCACAUGUAAAGUGUGCAUGGACAGUGAAAUAACUGUAGUGUUCCUUCCAUGCGCACAUAUGGUUACGUGUGCUUCCUGUGCUGUAUCCCUGAGACAGUGCCCCAUCUGUAGAAGUGACAUCAAAUAUGCAUUGAAAGUCGAAGUCAGACCAAAUUAUGAAACCAAUACCAUCGUGAGAGGGAGAAUACAAAGAAAUGACGAUCGCAUUGCUAUUGGUGAAGAACCUGUAAAUACUAGCGACAUCUAUAACGGCGGAAAGGAGGAUACAAAGAGUAAAUUGUUCAACCUACAAUGGUUAUUCAAUGUAACUGACAUACAAAACCAAAAGUUCAAGAAAUGUCUGGGUAUCAUAUAUGAUAGCAUAGAUGUAGGCAAUAUGCUACCCACCACUAGUCUAGGUCAGAAGAGCAAACCACUUGACUGGUACUAUCGAAUUAUGAAUACUGAUAUUGUCCCACUCGAUCAACAUAACGGGUAUUCAGAGUAUAGACAAUGUCACCUGCAAUGGAUGUCGAUGUUAGUGCAGUACCAGCGGGCACGGAGGAAAAGAAAUGUGUUGCGCGAUGAGGUGAAUAUAUUCCCAUCUCUUCAUCUGCAGAUAUCGAUCUCUCACUCGCUCAAUUGCCCACUCACUGCUGAUCCAACCCAGCCCUACAAAAGUAGCAUCAUGAAUAGCUACAGCAUGAAAUGUGAAUUGGAUGUUGUAAGGUGUUUCUCCUGUCAAAUUAACAUAUAUGGAUGGCAGCACAAUGAUGAUCCUAUAAGUGUUCACGCCCAAUGGUCUCCUGAUUGUGAAUACAUCCAGGCUAUAGUUGAUGAUAACUUCAUUGAUAGUGUACGGGAUAAGAGAUAUGAUAUAUUAGUCGAUCCAAAUGUUUAUCAAACACUGAAGGACUGUGGAAUUCCUGAUUAUAUUAUACGGCAUGCACAUCGCAGACAUAUAAUUCAGAGUGGUGAACUUUUUACAAAUGCUGCCCAGUGUUUGUCGGUUAUCGAGAAACUGUAUAAUUUCAAAGACAAGCAGAAUCACGGGUAG